GCUGCUCUCACCCUCAUCCCCCUCGUCGCCGCCCACGGCUUCGUCCGCUCUCCCCCUCCCCGCAAGCCCGGUGAUGCCUUCAAGGCCGCCUGCGGUGAGCAGCCCUUCUACCAGCAGAGCUCCGACAUCAACGGCAACGUCCAGGGCAUCUUCCAGGUUGUCGGCACCGGCGCCGACUCCGCCAAGUGCAACCUUUGGCUGUGCAAGGGUUUCCAGGCGGAUGACAACACCGAGAACGUCCAGACCUACUCUCUGGGUCAGGAGAUUGACUUUGACGUCAACAUUGCCGCUCCUCACACCGGCUAUGCCAACGUUUCCGUUGUCAAGACCAGCUCCAACACUGUCAUUGGCGAGCCCCUGAUCGAGUUCUCCAACUACGCCUCCAACGCUGGUGUUGACGCCAACAACACUGCUUUCAGCGUUACCCUCCCCUCCAGCCUUGGUGGUGACUGCACCACUGCUGGUGACUGCGUUCUCCAGUGGUUCUGGGACGCUCCCGAUAUCGACCAGACCUACGAGUCUUGCGUCGACUUUGUCGUCGGUUCCGGCUCUGGCUCUGGCAACAGCGGUUCUUCCCCCUCUGCCCCUGCUGCUUCCGCCCCUGCCGCCCCCGCCCCUGCUGCUUCCACC